CCACCAAAGAGAACAAGGCAAUUGGAUACAAAAGUGAGUGAAUGAGAAGCUCUGGGAGUGGGAAGCUCCUGGUUGCUCGUCAAGAUUCUGUGGCAACUCAGAGAGUCCAGCUGGUGGAUUUGGCGGUAGAGAUUUAUCCAAGAGACUCCAUGCUUGGUUUGAAGCAUGGGCUUGAGGGAAUCCACUGAAAACUUGCCCCAACCCUUCCUGCAGAUGGAUUCCCAAAGGGGGUCAGACAAAGACAGUGACUUGAACCUCUUGCAGGUCAUGGCAAAGCUCAGAAUUGAAUCUAUGGGUAAAAACAGCAAGAUGGUCAACAGUUGCUCCUCGGCUAUGUUGGUUAUUGGUGAUGAUGACCUGGUUGAGCUUAUUUUGGUUUUAUCCAUGAAAGUCCCCUCUCUCUGCUUUCUUAGCUUGAUUCUUGAGAUUUCAGGUAACAGUUUUUGCCUUCUUGAGGUUUGGCCUGGGGAAUAUUACUCCACCAAUCUGCUGUUGUGGCUACUUUUGUCUUGACAUACAGUCAGGUGGAACCGUAAUGACCCGUAAGCAAUAUCAUCUACUCAUGUUUCUUUGUCAAGCGGAUAGUUAGCAGUUAACAGAAGAAGACAAAGAAUUCUCCAUUCAUUUUAG